GAUCCACGUCCACCGUCUGUGGGCGCAGCUUGAAACUUUUCCGAGAAAAUCAAGGAAAGAAAGCGAGAGGGAAAAUGGCAGGGAAUACUUGGGCCUAUGUCCGGAUCAUCUCCGGCACCAUUCUCGGUGGAAUUCUCGGCUUCUACGUCAUGGACCGCGCCGAGAAAAGCUACAAGGAGAAAGUGCAGGAGAGGCUGAGGAAGUAUGAAAUUGAAAUGAAGAAGAGAGAGAAAUUGGAUGAGUUUGAAGAGUCUCGGUAGAUUUUAUCUUUUUAUUUUUCUUCUGCUUUUGCUGAGAAAUUAUAGUUUUGAACCAUUUUCAAGGCUUAUAACAUUUGUAUUUGAAAUUUUCUGUUUUGGACAAUAUCACAAUUGAAUUACGUACUGUUAUUACUACUUUAGAAGCUAAAAAUAAUAAAAUGAUGGAUAGUUAAGGUUCUAAAA